AUGUCAUCGGCAACAGUGAAACGAGCACGGGUAACUGCUAGAAUAGCGGAAUCAGAGGGUUUAUCAUUACCAACUUCUUCGGAGAAAACCCAGGAGCUGGUUAAAAUUAUUGAAGAAAAACGGAAAAAAUUAGACAAGAAAUGUAGUGAAUAUGAAAAAAUUUGCAAGAAUAUCAAAAAUCAUCAAAAACGAAAAGCCGGAUUGGAUGUUGACAAAAAAUCUCUAACGAUAAAACUCGAUGAGAUAGAAGCGAUAAGCAAAAAAAAUAGAGAGCGGAUUGAAUAUAAUCGAACAACAGAGCGGCAGAAAUAUAGCGAACUCAAUCAGUUGUUAAAUAAAUGGACUGAACUGAAUAAAACUGAAGCCGACUUAGCGGAAAGUUUAAAAAUCGAUUCAAAAAACGCAGAAAAUCUUGAUGAAAAAUGUCGAAUAAUCACUUUGCAAUUGAAUCAAUUAGGUGACAAGAUUGAAUCGAUUGAAAAGGAAAUUUCCCAAAUUGAAAAUGGUUUUGAAUCUGACUUAAAAACUGAACAAACUCUUGAAAAUUACCUACGUCGGCUUGUGGAAGAUGUGUUCUUGAAUCAAAGACGUUUAGAGGAUAUUCAUAUUGGUACUUCGCGCGGGCGUGCAAAUUUCCGGCAAACCGAAAAAGAACUACGCGAACAAAAGCGGAAGCAUCGAAGAUUGAGCUCGCAAAUUUCGGUGCAAUCAUCCUCAUUGGACGAAAAUGACAGUGAUAACCAGUCGAUGAAACGCGAUAUUUUAAAUCAACUAGAGGAGAAAUGGCGGAAUAUGAGGGACGAAUUCGAAGAAAAAGAGAAAGAAUUAGGAAACCUUUUAGUUAUGCUACCUCAAUCAAUAAGACAACUACGAGAAUUCGAAGACGAGCGAAUUUUAUUCGAAAAUGAAAAGAAAGUUUUAACGGAUCAAAUUCGAUCAAGAAAGCAAAUAGCAGAGAAGCUUGAGCAAAAUUAUAAAAUUAUUCGAAGUUUCGCGAAAACUGUGGACAAAGACGAACUUGAAAAACUAACAAAAGAGGAAAAUUAUUGGAAAAUGAGGGUUGAUGAAAUAUUGAGUGAAAUCCAAAAAUUACAACGAAUGGAGAACGAAGCGGCUCUGACUAACGGACAGUUGAGGAAUAAUUUAGCACUACUAAAACCAUAUGAAGAGGAAUAUCAAGAGUUUGAAAAAUUGAAUGAAACUUACAAACAGAUGCAACUCGAGAACAGUAGAAAGGAAAUUCGGAAAAGCUCUGAAAAGUUAAUUCAGAAUGGAGAUAUUCAAAUUGUAACCUUCCGCAACUUGCCGUCAAACGUGUGCCCUUCUGUUUGCUCAGUAUGCGGCGAUCGAGCUUCUGGAUAUCAUUAUGAGGUGCCAUCUUGCAACGGUUGCAAAACAUUUUUUCGGCGAACAGUUCUUUCUCAGAGAAAAUAUGAAUGUAAAAAUGGAAACAAAUGCUUCAAUAUUUUGCCAAAAGAAAAACGAUGUACCUGUCGAGCUUGCCGAUUUGAAAAGUGUGUGGAAGUUGGAAUGAAUCCAUAUGCGAUUCAAUCGUCUACUUCAUUUGAAAGUAAUACAAUUGUCAGAGAAAUUGUAGAGAAACGAAAAAGUUCAGAAGAUAUUGUCGAAGCCAAAACAGUUAAAGUUUCGUCUCUGAAUAUUAAACCAACGGUUGAACAAACUGUAUCUAGAAUGAUUGAUGAGCUCAUAUACUUAGAAUUCAAGCUAGAAGCAUUUCGCUUCUGCGCAUUUAAUCCGAAGCGCGACGAUUAUAAAGAUUUGGAAAGUACGUUAGAAAUGCAAUCGUUAAUAUCAAUAGCAGAUCGUGUUGGACCUAUGCCUAAUUGGCCAUUAGAAAAUGAACACUGUAAAGAAGAAAAUCUGGAUGAAUUAAAGAAAAAAAUAGAAUGUGGUUUAUUACAAGACAGAAAACAUUGGCUUGCAUAUGAUGUUCUCACUACUGUGGAAUAUGCAAAGACUUUUCCAUUUUUGCACAAAUUGAACAAGCAGGACAAAAUUAUUUUAUUAAGGGCAGUUACUUUGAAAGUUAUGCACCUACAUCAAGCGUUUUUCUCAUAUUCUCAAAAAUUUGAAACUAUCGUGCAUCCAGAUGGAACAACACCGCCUUUUUUUCGGAAUAAACCAAAAGAACUUCCCCGACCCCUCCUAGAUAUGAAUUCUACAGUUAUAAUGUUGCAAAGAAACAAUCUGCAUAAACACGAAUACGUAUUAUUCAAAGCAAUUACAUUGUGCAAUCCUUCACUUACCGGUCUAAGUCAAUAUGCUGUUGAAAUCGUAACAAAAGAAAAGGAAAAGUACACGGAUGCGCUGUUUCGAUAUUGUAUGAAAGCGCAUGGUAAUCACGGACCAGCACGAUUUGCAGCUCUUCUGGCAUUGAGCAGCGCAUUAGAAAACAUGCAAAAAAGUCAUGAGGAUUUCGUGAAAAAUCUUGAAAGCUUUGAUAGCAUGAUCAGUCUUCUAGUCCACAUUACAUAA